AUGAAGGGAGUUUCAGAUAGGCUGUUGUGUGGCACUUACGCCACACUGUACACUUGUCUCUUUGAGAAGAAAUACGAAAAGGAAAUGGAGGCGUUUAUGCACUGUUUAACUGUGAAGAAGAAAAAGAUAUGUAUAAAAAGAGAUUUGCAGAUUAAGUUGUUAAGCAGAGCCGCGCUCGAGCAUCUAUGUAGGUCGAAAGACCUGCGUAGCUUCUUUGAACUAGUCCAAGAAUAUGCUUACGAAUGUGGAACGAUGGUAGCUUAUCAUUAUGCUCAACUGUGCGGAAUUUACGAUGUCGCAUUCGAUGCGACAAAUAAACUGGAGAGAGUAUACAACCACAUCCGGAUCCUAAGAAGAAACAGAAAUGCGCUGUUGGAUAAUCUGAGCCCCGAUGCUAUGAAAAGGUUGCGCAGGUCGAAAGGCCUGCGCAACCUGCUCAGCGUUGUCCAACGUUAUGGGUUUGAAUAUGGCUGUGCAUCGGGACUCAAAAAAAUAGAGCGAUACGGCAGUAGCGACGAAAAGAUUCGAGCGGCCAAAGACCUUGCUGCCAUAGAAGACGAGAGCGAGCCGCUGAAAUUUCGGUUCGAAAUACUCACCCAUUGUUACCUUCCGGAGAUGAAGGUUAUGGAUAUUGAGAAACUAAACUAA